AAUCAUUUCUUCUCCUUCUUCGUGCUGAGCACCAGAUCGGAAACCCAAUAUAUAUAUAAAACCCAAAACCUUUCAAAUCUUCAUAUUCUCGACUCACUCCAAAUCCCGAGUUCCAUUCCGAGUUCGACUCAGUAGUACCCCAUUGAAGCUCUCUCUCUCUUUCUCGGAAAACAAUGCCAGACCUCGCCGAGACUUACGCCUGUGUUCCUUCGACGGAGCGAGGCCGAGGGAUUCUCAUCUCCGGAAGUCCGAAAUCCAAUUCAAUUCUCUACACUAAUGGCCGAUCCGUAAUCAUUCUCAAUCUCGAUAAUCCUCUUGAGGUUUCUGUUUAUGCUGAACAUGCUUAUCCCGUUACCGUUGCAAGAUUCUCUCCCAACGCUGAGUGGAUCGCCUCUGCUGAUGUGUCUGGAAGUGUCAGGAUCUGGGGGACUCGGAAUGAAUUUGUUUUGAAGAAUGAGUUUAAGGUUCUUUCUGGUCGGAUUGAUGAUCUUCAGUGGUCUCCUGAUGGGAUGAGGAUCGUUGCUUGUGGUGAUGGGAAAGGAAAAUCAUUGGUUCGUGCUUUUAUGUGGGAUUCAGGAACAAAUGUGGGUGAGUUUGAUGGCCAUUCAAGGAGAGUUCUGAGCUGUGCAUUUAAGCCAACACGGCCAUUCCGUAUUGCCACAUGUGGAGAGGACUUUUUGGUUAACUUUUAUGAAGGACCGCCAUUCAAAUUUAAGCAAUCUAACAGAGAUCAUUCGAAUUUUGUCAAUUGUUUGAGGUAUUCUCCAGAUGGGAGCAAGUUCAUUAGUGUGAGCUCUGACAAGAAAGGUAUUCUCUUUGAUGGAAAGACCGGAGAGAAAAUUGGAGAGCUCUCCUCGGAAGAUGGACAUAAAGGAAGCAUUUAUGCUGUUAGCUGGAGUCCUGAUGGGAAACAGGUUUUGACUGCAUCUGCUGAUAAAUCUGCUAAGGUAUGGGAUGUAUCUGAGGAUGGAAAUGGAAAAGUGAAAAGAACAUUAACUUGUCCUGGCUCAGGUGGUGUAGAUGACAUGCUAGUUGGGUGCCUAUGGCAGAACGAUCACCUCGUUGUUGUUUCACUCGGAGGAACAAUUAGCAUAUUCUCAGCAACUGAUAUCGAUAAAGCCCCUCUGUGUCUAUCUGGGCACAUGAAGAACAUUACUUCAUUAUCUGUUUUGAAAAACAAUCCAAAAGUUAUACUGUCCAGUAGUUAUGAUGGUCUAAUAGUAAAAUGGAUUCCAGGCACUGGAUAUAGUGGAAAGUUACAGAGGAAGGAAAACUCUCAAAUCAAAUGUUUUGCUGCUGUUGAGGAGGAGAUUAUUACUUCUGGUUUUGACAACAAGGUAUGGCGAGUUCCUGUUCUUGGUGAUCAAUGCGGAGAGGCAAAUUCAGUUGAUGUUGGCAGUCAACCGAAAGAUUUAAGCCUUGCUCUUCUUUCUCCCGAGCUUGCUUUGGUUGCAACUGAUUCCGGAGUUGUCAUGCUUCGGGGAACAACCAUUGUAUCAACUAUUAACCUUGGAUUUGCUGUGACAGCUUCUGCAAUUUCACCUGAUGGAAGUGAAGCCAUCAUUGGUGGUCAGGAUGGUAAACUUCGUAUAUACGCAAUUGCUGGCGACACACUUACAGAAGAGGCAACCCUUGAGAAACACCGUGGCGCUAUUACUGUUAUUCGUUACUCUCCUGAUGUCUCAAUGUUUGCAUCAGCAGAUGUGAACCGGGAAGCUGUUGUUUGGGAUCGUUCCUCUCGUGAGAUAAAAUUAAAGAACAUGGUAUACCACACCGCGCGUAUAAAUUGUCUUGCUUGGUCUCCAGACAGUAGCAUGGUUGCUACCGGAUCACUCGACACUUGUGUCAUCAUUUAUGAAGUGAACAAGCCGCCAGCAAGCCGUUCAACCAUAAAAGGCGCUCACUUGGGCGGUGUUUAUGGAUUAGUUUUCACCGAUGACCACCAUGUCAUGAGCUCUGGCGAGGACGCCUGUGUUCGUGUUUGGAAGCUAACUCCACAGUGAUAUUCUCAAGAACAAACUUAGUCAAACGUGCUUCAGGGGUUUGUUUUCUUUUCUCUUUCUUUGUUUUUUGUUUCUUGGCUAGCAUGCUUAUUACCAAACUGAAUGAAUCGUAAAUGUCGAAGCUGAAAAUGGAUGGUUUUCCUUUUUUAUUGUAACCGAUCGUCCAUACGCGGCUCCCUUUAUGAUGAUUUCGGUAAAGUGAUACUUCUCCUUCUCCAUGUUGAAUCAUAGAAAAGCUUUUUCUUCAUAAGGUGUUGUCUCUUUUUUAUUUAUUAUUUUUCCAAACCCAUCUUCUUCAAUGGGUCUUGUGGUGAGAAUGUGAGAUAGUUUUUUAUUUAUUGUGUAAUCUUAUGUAUUUUUUUUUUUCUAUAUUAAUGUUAUAAAUUGUGUUUUUGAGUA